CUGGGUAGCGCCAUUUUGUUGCUGAGUGAAGUGAGUCGGUGGCGGUGCUGUUUAAUAUUGGACGAGAGCACUGUCCGAAUCGGCAAUGGACGGGAUUGUCACUGAUGUGCCAGUUGGCGUUAAGAGAGGAUCAGACGAGUUACUGUCAGGAAGUGUGCUUAACGGGCCAAGCUCCAAUAUGAGCAGUGUAGUUGUAACUGCCAAUGGUAAUGAUAAUAAAAAGUUUAAAGGAGAUGAUAAAAUGGAAGCUGCACCGUCAAGAGUCCUACAUAUUCGAAAACUUCCUGGGGAAGUAACUGAAACAGAAGUUAUUGCAUUGGGCUUACCUUUUGGAAAAGUCACCAAUAUUCUCAUGCUUAAAGGAAAGAAUCAGGCAUUUUUGGAAUUAGCCACUGAAGAAGCAGCCUCUACCAUGGUCAAUUACUACACCACUAUAACCCCUCAUUUACGCAAUCAACCUAUCUAUAUUCAAUAUUCUAAUCACAAAGAACUUAAGACAGACAGUGCGCUAAAUCAGCGUGCUCAGGCAGUUCUGCAGGCUGUAACAGCAGUACAGACAUCUAAUUCCAGUGUGACCAGCACUGCUGCAAAUGAGAAUACAGUGUCUUCAGCACAAAGUCCAGUGCUGCGAAUAAUCAUUGAUAAUAUGUACUAUCCUGUGACUCUUGAUGUCUUACACCAGAUAUUUUCCAAAUUUGGCACAGUGUUGAAGAUUAUUACAUUUACAAAAAAUAAUCAGUUUCAAGCUCUACUACAAUAUGGUGAUCCUGUUAAUGCACAACAAGCAAAACUCGCCCUAGAUGGACAAAAUAUUUAUAAUGCAUGCUGUACCCUUCGGAUUGAUUUUUCUAAACUGGUAAAUUUAAAUGUUAAGUACAAUAACGAUAAAAGUCGUGACUAUACUCGUCCUGAUCUUCCUUCUGGUGAUGGGCAACCUGCACUUGAUCCAGCUAUUGCUGCUGCUUUUGCAAAGGAAACAUCACUUCUCGCUGUUCCUGGUGCAUUGAGUCCGUUGGGGAUUCCAAAUGCUGCAGCAGCUGCAGCCGCUGCAGCUGCCAGCCGUGUUGGUAUGCAUGGAGUCUCCACUGGUGGCAAUACUGUGCUUCUCGUAAGCAAUUUAAAUGAAGAGAUGGUUUCGCCCCAAAGUCUGUUUACCCUCUUCGGUGUUUAUGGAGAUGUGCAACGUGUGAAAAUUCUGUACAAUAAGAAAGAUAGCGCUCUUAUACAAAUGGCAGAUGGGAACCAAUCACAGCUUGCAAUGAGUCAUCUUAAUGGACAAAAAAUGUAUGGAAAAAUUAUUCGGGUAACCCUGUCUAAGCAUCAGACAGUCCAGCUACCUCGGGAAGGUCUUGAUGAUCAAGGGCUUACAAAAGAUUUUAGCAACUCUCCAUUACAUCGUUUUAAAAAACCUGGUUCAAAGAACUUUCAGAAUAUAUUUCCGCCCUCUGCAACUCUCCACUUGUCUAAUAUACCGCAAAAUAUCACAGAAGAUGAUUUGCGAACUCUCUUUACAAACACAGGAGGCAAUGUCAAAGCAUUCAAGUUUUUUCAAGACCAUAAGAUGGCCCUGCUGCAGAUGUCUACAGUUGAAGAAGCAAUACAGGCUUUGAUUGACCUUCACAACUACAACAUUGGAGAUAACCACCAUCUGAGAGUUUCAUUUUCGAAGUCAACUAUUUAAAAGGCAGCUCAUCAGGGUUUCUUUGCAUUGUUAUUUGUAUUUUCACCAAUAGACUGUUCAGGAAAGUGGGGACCAGAGUCCGAUUUAUAUUUCACGUUACCAUUCCUUGGUUUGUCACAAAAUCAUUCAGUGAAAGGCAGUGAACAUUUAACUGCAGUUUGUCCCAUAUUAUUAGGGAAAAUAUUUUCCUAGUGUUUGAAGAUUUUUUUUCUAAUAUUCUUCCGAAAACAUGGACAUGUGCCUUAAAGGAAUAGUAGUAUUUCCAAAAAUGUGGAUAAAAAAAAAUCAAGGGCACAUUGUUACAUGUAAAUGUAAACAUUUACACCAGGAGGUGUGUAAAAAGGUUAAGCUUUGGUUCCUCCUGCUCAGAAUUUCAGUCAUUAGUCAUUUGUUUAUGUAUAUCAGUGCAUAUUAGAAAGUACAAGUACUAGAUAUGAAUUUGUCAUAAGCAUUGAUAUCAAAGAUCUGGUCUGUAAGUUCUGUACUGUUAAUUAGUACGUUUCAUAAAGUUUUUAUCCCAUGAAAAUGCAAUUGUUAUUUGUGAGUCCUAUGUGUGAACAAUCUUAACCUUUUUGUACACACUCUUGUAAAACCAUCUAAAUGUAAGCGUUACGGUAAUGUCUUGUAUGUGGCUGAAUAUUUUUCUCUAGUUUUUGAAGUUGACUGAUGUGCAUUUAACUCUAUAUUGCCAUUUUUUUUAUCCAUUAUUGGGAUUAUGGUUGUGAAUUUCUGAGCAUACACAGGCUGGUCUAGAGAUUUCAGAAACUGGCGUGUGUAUUUUACCAUGAGAGAGCCUUUGACAAAAGAAGAAUUUGUGGCAGUUUUUGAAAACUGGCAGCCAGUUGGGACCAAAGUUUAUGUGCCUUUAGUCUUAAUUUACCUUGCAUUGUAAUAUUCUGUUUUAAUAAAUAUCUUCAAAAUAUUUUGUAUUUAGAAACAAACCUGACUGUAAACAUGGCUCAGAAUCUAUAGGUUUCAGUCUGAGAUCAGUUUAUCUGCCAAAUGAACUGUGAUUAUUGCUCUGUUAGGACAAGUACAUUUUGAAAUUAAUGUAUUUGUUUUAAAAUCCAUAGAUUCUGUUAUAUGUGUAGGGGAAAUGCUCAUGUAUAUUUUCUAUUGGUUGAGUUUUUACAUCUUUAGAAAUGUAAAAUUCAGUAUAGUUUGGAACCGGCACAAUUAAAAAUUAAUUUUCUAACAAA